AUGGCGAACACAGAGCAACGCAAGGGCCCCAAGGUCCCUUCAAGGGCAGCAAGUCUCCAGCGCAUGCUGGAAAUUGAGAGGAAGCAAAAGAUGGCGAGAAUGCAACAGAAUCCUUACGCGGCUGGCCCAGGCCGCCGCAGCGACUCACCUUCGGCCCGCCCAAAAUCGAAUCUGCUCACCCGCCGCCGAGAUUCUUCUCAGCCGCCUCAGGACGACCGAAGAAAGUCCACCGCGCCAAAUUAUAAUCUGCCGCCCCUCACAGUACAUCCAUUGCCCACGACACAGGACAGAUUCGCGAAGCAGGCAGGAACGAGGCCGGGGCCUCUCAGGGAAAUGAGGAAGGCCUCGGCAGAUCGCGACAGUCUGCCGUCGGUGGUCAGGGCCACCGGGGGCCAGGGCUCUCCACAGGUCAAGUCUGUGACAUUUCUUCCCUCGGACGACGGGCAGUCGGACACUUCAUCAAUUUGUCAUUCGCCAACCUGGGACGACUACGGGAAGAAGAAGAGGAAGGACAAGGAAGCAGCCGCAGCCAGCCAGACAAAACUGGUGAAGAAGCGGCUGACCAAGGAGCCACCACCUGCGGCUAUGGACACCCGACCAACACUGAAUCCUCGGACUAUGUCUGCGCCCUUGUUGGACCGCAUGAGUCUGGAAGACACCCGUUCAGCGGACCAACCUCCUCCUGACCCACAACCAGAAACAAGCAGGCCCCAAGUACCGGCACUUCCUGUUAACCCUGGCUCCGUAGAGACGACCCAAACUGCCGUCAGGAGUCCUGCUUUCAUUGGUGGUGUGCGCUUGGAGCGGGAACGCGAAGCGGCCAUGCAGAGACUUACCAACUCCAGAGCUCCAUCAGCCGAGCGACCAGUGUCAGAAAUGGUGGGACAGAACCAGACAUCACGACCCGCAUCGAGCGAGAGAUCAAAGAAGCCAGGGGCCAUUUCGCCAACCUCAUAUCCCCCAACAGCCUCGAAGACCCCGUUGCUCAACCAACCGCCCCCUGGAAAAGGACACGCCAGGAAACGAAGCGGUUCUCUUGGUAGCGUUGUCUCAAAACUUUUCCAUUCUUCGAAGAACUCCGAGGAUCUCAAGCCUUAUUUGGACAGACGUGGAUCGCAGGACUCCGUCCAGACGGUCUCCUCACUUUUCACCCGGGGCCGCAAGAGAAGCGACUCUGCCAACUCACAGGCCAGGGCCCAGAGCUAUGAUGUCUAUAGUCGUUCGGGCUCGUCGACUCCGAUGAGUGAGAGACGGGGCGCACUUAGUCUUCCACCUUUGGCUUGGAAGAAUGGGCGCAAGGGCAGGACGACCUCAAUGAUGGCGAUCCCGCCAGAUUCGGCGCGAGAUGGCUCAUUCCCACUUGAAGAUACCAACGGGCUCAAGCAGGACAAUUUUACUUUCCUGGAGCGGCCGUUCUCACCGCCCAUCGAAAGCCCGCUCUCACCUCCAGCGAGCUUGUCGGCUUCGAUCAAGGCCAAGAGGAGCCCCCAGCUCACUCCUGCAACCACUGCGAAGCCGGUGACUCAGGCUGCUAAGAAGACGUUCAAAGACGCCAUCAAAGCUGGCUUCAGGUCCUCGACUGGACCUGAGAUCAAAUCCUCUUCGCACCGUCGCACAGGGACGGACGAUACACUCAUCGAUGCAGACCUUACUCCUACGCUCCCCAGCAAUACUCACCCCCUACCAAACAGCGCGACGGCGGGUUCCUCGGCGAAAGGUGGAACGACUUCGGCUUCCGCAGGAACAAGGGGUUCCAACGAGCACCCUACGCGCCAGCAGGCUCCGGAUUCAAAAGACUCCGGGGCUUCGUCGUCAUCCUCACACCCCGAUACGGAAUCGAUACCGCCCUCGCCAAUGACAACCCCGGACACCUCUAGGCCGCAAUCGUUGAAGGAUGGCCAGCCUCUCCGCGUCGACGAACUGAGAAAGACACCGCUGGUCUCCACGCAUGGAGCUAGCGGUUUGGGCUUGCAGAACCCAUCCGCAGCGGUCAUGAGCUCGUCCAGCAAUCUUUCUUCCCGGGCAAACUCUCCGCGCAUCGAUAUUGAGCUUUCAACCGGUGAUUUCAAUGUCAAGACGUCCUUCCAAGAUCUGGGCUCUCCGUUGUCGGACAUCGAGCCUCUGUCUCUGGACAGUGAUCCCACGCAGGGAACCAAAGUGACCUUUAGAGGUGUCAAAGUCGAGGUCGUCAAGAGCCCGGCGUAUGCGAAGAAGGCCGUUUUGGAUGCUCCUUCGCCCACAAAGGACACCAGCUUCCUUCCAGCGCUCCGCCACCAGCCUCUUCCUCCGCGAGGCAGCAACGGCCGUCCCGCUCAGACGUUGGUAACGCACAACGAAGUCGAUGAGCGGCCCUUCCCGAACCAGGAAGCUCGAGCCGAGAGCCCCGACUCUUUCCAAGCGCCAGGCGCCGCAUCAAGGCACCUCCAAGAAGCCAGGAAGGCAGCACCGUCGUCUCCACGGUCACCGACAGCGAUGACCAGCGGCAGCAGCAGUACUUCGCUUGCCAACAGCAUCAUGGGCCCGCCCGUCCCUCGAUCGUUCGCUCUCGCGGCGAACCGUCCGAAACCAUCCGGGGGGCCUGCUGUUCCUUCCUUGAGGCAUAGCAAUCUCGACACGACGGGCCUGAAGCCCAUCGCCAAGAUGUUCGUCGAGUGCUGCAGCUGCAAAUUCUACCAGGACAUGCCGUCGCGGGUGUACGAAGCCAUGGCGCGGCCCGAGGACACGGUCAGGGAUAAGAGACUUGGCGUGUCCGGGCAGGUGACCACGUGCGUCAAAUGCCCGUGGUGUAGCCACAACAUGAGCACCCAGUGUUGCGCGGGGUACGCGGCUGUUGUCUACUUGCGGGAGAAGCUGCACGGGCCCUAG